AUGGGAAGGGACAUUGUUCUAGCCUUGGACAUUGGAAGUAGCAGUGUCCGUUGCUCGGCGUAUAACUUAUCAUCAAAUCAUGGAAGUAUUGAAAAGAUCCAAUCGUCAGUGAGAACUGUUUCCUGUGUCAGGCCAAACUCGGGAAAGAUCCAAUGGUAUCAUGACAACGACACGUUGCUAGACAUUAUCGAUCAUUGUGUAGACGAGACGAUAGACUACUUGAGACAAGAUAAAGUGAAAUUCAAAGUAUCUGCUGUGGGAUUCUCUUCCUUUGUCAUGAACUUGAUUGGGGUGGACUCAGACGGUAACUUUGUGGACGAAGAAGCAACAAUGAGUUAUGCUUGCAAUACUGUCGACGUGGCCAAGGAAUGCAAAGCCAUGAAAGAUGAGCUGAGAGAAGAUGGAACUGCUAAUUUGUAUCAAGAGACGGGUGCUCCCAUUCAUAGUUCAUAUGCCAUCGGUCAAUUGAGAGCCAUAUAUCAAUCCUCCGAGAAGUACGUUAGUCGAAUACAACAAUGGCAAACCAUUCCGAGUCUCUGCUUAGGACGAUGGACGGGGGGAAAUUCUCUCCCGAUCUCUUUUUCUGAAGCGAGCUGGACCGGGUUAUUGAAUUUCAAAACUUGUCAAUACGCCGAGACAGCAUUGUCGCUGCUCCCAUCGAUUUGUCGAAAUUCACUGCCAGAGCUCGGAGAUGUGUCAAAUCCUUAUAGCACUGGCCUUCCAGAAUAUGUGGAUAGUGAUGGCAAACGCAAAGACAAUGCAGCCUUUAAAAAGUGGCCAGAAUUACGCCAGACGUCAUUCUUUCUGGGCAUUGGUGAUGGAGCUUGCGCCAAUGUUGGUUCCAAGGCAGUAUCGGAAUCUCGGAUUGCUGUGACAAUUGGGACUUCGGCUGCAGCUCGCAUUUGUUUGCCCCUGUCAGUCGGAGCUGAUUCCAAUUUCCAAGUUCCUCAAGGCCUCUUUUGCUAUCGAAUCAAUCAGAAUCAUGUCUUGGUGGGCGGUGCGUUGACAGAUGGAGGGUCCGUGGUGGAAUGGGCUCAACAACUAUUGAAUUUAUCGGAUGAAGACUCAUUUCUGGCCUGUAUGAAGGAAGUUGACACUUUGUCGAAGCAGGAUUACGAGGAUUCGUCAUUAUCUUCAAAUAUGUGCAUGAUUCCCUUUCUCAGCGGCGAACGAGCUACUGGCUUUCGAGGGGGAGCGACUGGAUCCAUGAUUGGUCUAACACGGGAAACUACCGCAGCCCAUUUCUUCAAAGCCUGCCUCGAGGGCGUCACCCUUCGAUUACGCGCUGUCCUGAAACUCUUGGUCGAUGCUCGUCAUGAUCAGAACCAAAGUUUGCCAACCGUUGUGGUGAGCGGAAAAGCCUUGGAGGUGAAUGAGCUUUGGCGCCAAAUGAUUUCCGAUAGCUCUGGGUUGGAAUUGGUGCUAGAUUCGGACACAUUCGAGGGAACUAGUCGGGGAGUAGUGCGAAUCCUAAGCCAUGCUCUGAAAGCAGAAUGCGAGUCCCAGCUCCUUGUGGAAGAGGCCAUACACCCCAAAACUAUCAACCGACCAAGAGCGUCUGCGUCGAAAUAUUUCAACCAGGCUGCGCAAAGGCACGACGAGUUUUUGAAUGCAGUGUCUCCAAUCUACACCCGCAAUGACUCUUGA